AUAUGAUUAGAUUAAAAAUGAACUUUUUUACAAUAAUAUUUUAUAAAGUUCAUGAAUGUAUAAUCGUAAACAAUCUCGUCGAUGUAGUGUUAUCGUCUUAGGACUUUUGAUCCGAACUUGAAGCGUUUUAAAAAAAAUUGUUGAAGAAUUUGUUGUUGACUGGAAUCAUAAGAAUUUUAAUUUCGAAAAAAAUAUAUUGAUUUCGUUCAUAGCUUAUUCUUAUAUGAUUAGAUAUUGAAUGCGGACUUUUGUACGACGAUAUUUCAUAAAAAAUCACAAGUGAUCGUAAUGAUUCGUCAACAUAUUGGAGUCCACUUGAAAGUGUUAGUUCAUAAUUGAAGUGCGAGAUGAAACUAAGAGGGGAGAGAAAAAAAGAGAGAGAAAGAAGGAGAGUGGAUAAGAAAGUUCGAACUUCCCCAAUGAGAAACGCAUAGAGCUAUAGAAAAUAUUCUUCUAGUUCUCACGGCGCGUUUAUUCGGACUGGGCAUCUAGAUCGUGGAGAAACUUUUUCCGAGUCGUCCGUUCCUUGUUAUAGUACUUACGUGUUUCUAACUGGAGACAAAUUACGAAAGCGAUAUGUAUGUACUUACUUACGUCAUAGAAGUAGGUACUUGCGUUGAUUUAUUUCGUUCGAUAAGCCAAACGGAUUUAAAUUAUUUAAUUCGAAGUUAGAAGAAAGUGAACAUCACUGCAUCGUUUUGUUAUGUUCAUCAUCGUAUCCGUUGUGGAAAAGAAGUUUCGUUCGUUUUUAUUUCCAAGUGACUUCUCCAAGAGACUUUUGAGAAUCAGGUGCGCGAAAAAAAGAAUUUCGUCGGUGGUCGACCCGAUUGUUGAGUACCUUUUACUCGUAUAACAGUGUGUGUAGAGUUGCCUUUAUGUCUGCCUCUGCCUCUGCUGUUGCUGUUGCUGUUGCUGUUGCUGCUACUGCUCCACAUGAAAGCGCCCGGCGAAAGUUUCGCAGAGUCAAUGGCCUGCCAACGGCUCAUACCGAGUGUGAAGGAGGUGGAAAUGGAAGUGGAAAUGGAAGUGGAGGUGGAAGUGGAGGUGGAGGACAAUCGUAGGACUCCAACAGUGUGGGCGGCUUUGAUCAAAAAUCUGCACGUGAGUCGUGGCGAAGAAGAAAGAGAACGAAUUCCGAAUAUAAACUGAGUGUUUUGUAAUAUCAAAAAAAAAAAAAAAAAUAGCAAAAGAAAAAAGAAAUAGAGACAAAAAAAAAGAAGGAACCUAUCAAAGAACGAACCUAUUCAAUCAUUGAUCAAAACUCGUACGAUUUAUCGAACGAAAGUACAUUUGUAUUUACAAUUCACUCGUAGCGAGCUCGAUUGAUGUAAUUAAUCACACAUAAUGUAGCCUGUUAAAUGUGUACAAGUAAAAUAGGAAAUACACGUUGAAGAGAAAACAUGUCGAUCGUUCUUUCAAACACCGAAAACAAAGAGGGUGUAGUAGUAUUACAUUGAAGUAAAAAUAAGAGGUGGAUAAAAAGAAAAAGGAAAAGAAAAAGAAGAAGAAGAAGGUGGUGGUGGUGGUGGUGGUGUUGUCGUCGGAGGAGUUGGUGGAGCUGUUGAUGGUGGUAGUGGUUGUUGAGGUGUAGCUGGAGAAGAGAAUAAUUUGUGCUCUGCACGAGCUUCUUUCGUGAAGGCCGAAGGAGAAAGGAGUGGAGUGUCUCGAGACAGGAUGAAGACGUUGGGUGACGUUGUUGCCGAUCCCGUCGACGAGGAGAAGGACAGUACAGAUUCAGGGCAUGGAACUGCCGGCAAAGAAUUUGGUCAGAGAACUCUAAGAUCCUUGAAAAGAGGACUCGGACGAUUGUGGAAAAGACACAGGGGCAAUGCCUCGAUAACCGACUAUGACCCUUGUUAUAAGGUUGCCUAUCUUGGGAAUGUCCUUACUGGAUGGGCCAAGGGCGAAGGAUGCGUCGAAAAGCCAGUGUCAACUUUAUGGCGAAACUACGUGACCAGCAGCAGACCCGAUGUUUCUAUGAGGUUGACGGUGACCAAUGGUGGCUUAACUGCCACUACAAAAGACCAUGGUUUAACGGAAUAUUGGGCUCAUAGGGUUACUUAUUGUACAGCACCAGUGUCACAUCCACGUUUAUUCGUUUGGGUAUACAGACACGAAGGACGUAGACUUAGGCCCGAAUUAAGGUGCCAUGCUGCAUUAUGCAGCAAAGAGUCUACUGCGAGAAGGUUAGCCUCGACUUUGAAUGCUAGGUUACAACAGGCCCUUCUUGAAUUUCGCAGGGACAAGGUCUCUAGGCAAAAUGCUAGAUUGUCCUUGGCCAAUGCUCUCUACGAAAAUCCUUCGUUACCAAGGAGAAAGCUCCUAUUGAGUACAGGUGGCCAGAAUUAUCGACCACCUUUGGAAAGGUCAAAAAGUGCACCGAAACUUUCAGCGAUCGAAGAGGAUGCCGUUGCAGAAGAGAUUGAACAACAAAGACUUCUCGAAGAAUUAAGAACGUUAGAGACUGUAGCUAGAAGCUGGCAAGAUCAAGAUGGCUGGAGAUUGGCACGUCUUUUGGAUGCUCUCAAUCGAGAAUCUUCCGAUGAGAAUGGAAGUAUUUCGAGUGGAUGCGAGACAGCUAGUACAGCAACGAGUGAGGAAAGAACGAUUGGACCUGAGGAUCAUCAAACAACUGGUGAGACAGAGCACCAGGCAAACGCGAGGAUCCUUUAUACAGAGGAGGACGUAGGAAGGGGUACCGGACCACGAAGAAAUUCCGAAGGUUCACCGAAUUUCAUGACGUGUGCCGGUAGUCCACGUUUCCAUCGUUGUAACGUUAAACCGAAUCGAAAGAGGUUCUCAUUGAGAAGCGAGGAAGAGGAAUCGAUGGAAGAGGAGGAAGAAGAGGAAACCGAAGACACAGCUUCGAAUCUUUUUGAUUUCGAGGAUGUCGAGGAUUUCGACGAUGUGGUGGAUUACAGACCGAGGGGUGAGAUACUACGUAGAAUCGAAAAUACGCAGGAAAAGGAAAGGCGAAUAUUAGAGAAAUAUCCAAGCCGAUUGAGCCGUCAAUUGUCACAGAACGAGGAACCUACGUUCUUAACAUUGGAUUCGCUCGACGAGGAAGCCGAUAGCGAUGAAAGUGGUUACGUUGAAGCACCACCUAAAUCAUUUCUUGGACAGGAAGAUAAUAGGAAAGAGGAGAAUAAGUUCGAGAAUUCUAAGAAAGAUCUUGAAGUUAUUGUAGAUAGCAAAUCGAACGAUAAAUCCGACCACAAGGACAAAGAUACGACAAUUGAGAAAAAGAUAGAUGAUAGAAAGCAAUUGGACGUAGAUUUGAAUGAUCCUAUUCACGUAGUCGAUGAUAAUCAAAGGAUUAAAGAUAGAGAACGCGAGAGGGCGGACUUUAUAAAGUGUCCUAUCUCGGAGACGAUCAAGAAGUUAGCCAAUGCCUCGUUAAGAAGCUCCAAAUCAUUGGAAAUCUCGACGAAUAGUUGUUCGAAGGCAUUGAAUAAUCUCAAAACGUCCAAAUCCUUCGAUGGUACCACUAGGAACGAGAACGUCGAAGUCGAGUCACCGAGUUUAUUACAAAGAAAACAAUUGUUGGCCCAGCACGGCGUUAUCGUUUAAAAUAAUGAAAGGAGAGAAGUCUUAUUUUUCUUUCAUUGGAAAAUUUUCUUUUUCUUUUUUUUUGUUUUUUUUUUCAUUUUUUUUUGUUUUUUUUUUUUUUUUUUUUUUUUUUUUUUGAGAGAGAGAAAAAGAGAGAUCCAACACAUAUAUAUAUAAAGAAAGAGAGAGAAACAAUCGAACGGCAUUGUCGCAGUGUCCAGUGCAUGUCGUGAAUCGUUGCCAGGAAGAAUGCUGAAAGAUUGAUCAUUUUAGCAAGCAAUACACUUUCAAUGUAGUUCCGUAAUGUACUAAACGAUAUAUACAUACGUGAAAAAUUUAGCGGCUUAAUUAAUUAGCUCCUCGAUUUUGAAUUUGUGCUCGUCUAUCGAGCUUAGAGAAGAAAAAUCGUUUGAUUUUCGUACCGUCAUUUUAUCGAUUCGUUAUGGUUAAUGAGACAGAGAGAAUAAGAAUGUACUUAUUGGUUUAACUUUAUACGUUUAAACGGAUAAUAAGUCGUCUAUAUAGAUCGAAUGAAAUUUUUCACUCUUUAAUCUGAGACACUUCAAGAACUUGGCUAUAUAUUCUGUCCUGAAAGAUAUACUUGGUCCUCUCUUGAAAAACAUAUUUAGAAAGAAAAGUAGUAUAUAAUUAUUGUAUUUAAACGUUCGCCUAAAUCAUUUAUUCAGGCCAUUAUCAUUCGCAUUUGUGUCUUUUUUUACAUAUUAGAAAUACAUAUUUUAUCGCCGAACGUAAAAGUUAUUAAUAUAAAUGGAUCAUGCGUGUGUCGAUCAUGGAUUUAAUUAAUCGGAUAGAUUUUUAAUGAUUACUUUUCUUUCGAUUAUGGAAUACAGUUCUUAAUUCGAGAACCGUGCCAUACACUACUAAAAAAUCAACUAUUUUCAUACACAUAAAUCUCUUUUUUUUUUUUUUAUUAUUAUUAUUAUUAUAAUCCUAUAACGCAACUUCUAAUCAGGAUUUAUUGAGAUUCGAGAGGAGGGGAGAGAAAAAAAUGAUUGCAAUCUCAAUGUUAUCAUCGUUUUACUUGAUAAAACAUGUUUUAUGACAAUUUAGAAUGAGAAUAUAUUUGAAAUACAUUAUUGACUACCGUUGUACAAGUAAUACAAUAAAUAAAAAUAUUAAAUAAAACCUA